AUGAUCGACGACAAAUUUGCUAACGCCGAUCGCUUUACCAUCCAACGACAGAUCAAUCCACAAUACGAUGAAUCCAGCGAUGCUGAACGGCGUUCAGAACCGAAACGGUGGCAAAAACAACCUACCAUUGUGGCAAAACGGAAUGCUCGUGAACGGACGAGGGUUCAUACGGUAAAUCAGGAAGGGGCUGAAGAUUUCUUUCCAACAAUGGCGAAUAAUUAUCUCAUAAUUGAAAGUAUUAAUGUAAGUUGGUUCGAAAUCAAGGCAUAUUUUUCUUACCUAUUCUUCCAAACAUCAGUUUCGUGGGUAAAACCGUUUUUUUCGGGAACUUUUCGUACUAUCUGAAA